AUAUGAUACCUUUUUCUUUCUUAGGUGCUAGAAUGGAUGAAGAACCAAUGGCCUGUCAAGAACAUAGGACCAAUGAUUCCAUCAAUGUACUUAGACAAACGUUUAGCAGGCGACAAAGACUACGGAAUCAGUCUCUUCAAUGCUCAAGUCAAUGAGUGCCUUGAUUGGCUUGACUCAAAACCGCCUGGUUCAGUGAUUUAUGUCUCCUUCGGAAGCUUAGCGGUUCUAAAAGACGAUCAAAUGAUCGAACUUGCUGCCGGUCUAAAACAAACCGGCCAUAAUUUCUUAUGGGCGGUUAGAGAAAUGGAGACAAAGAAGCUCCCAAACAAUUACAUAGAGGAAAUUGGUGAGAGAGGACUGAUAGUGAAUUGGAGUCCUCAGCUACAGGUUCUUGCGCAUAAAUCGACUGGUUGUUUCAUGACGCAUUGCGGGUGGAAUUCAACUCUAGAGGCAUUGAGCAUAGGAGUUGCUUUGAUUGGAAUGCCGGCUUACAGCGAUCAGCCGACUAAUGCUAAGUUUAUAGAAGAUGUGUGGAAGGUUGGAGUUAGGGUUAAGGCAGAUAAAGAUGGGUUUGUGACAAAAGAAGAGAUUGUGAGAUGUGCUGGAGAAGUUAUGGAUGAGACGUCAGAGAAAGGGAAAGAGACUAGGAAGAAUGCUUUGAGAUUGAUGGAGUUUGCAAAAGAAGCUUUGGCUGAAGGAGGAAACUCUGAUAAGAAUAUUGAUGAGUUUGUUGCUAAAAUUGCUAGGUAAACUGUUCGUACCAAUGUGUGAUGCUUAAUAAUGUGUUUUGGGAGUUCCAAAAAAGUAAGAAUUUUAUAAUGUAACUGUGUGUUUUUUCUUGAAGUUGGCUUUGGUAUGAAACAACGUGACAAUAAUUAGAGCCAGAGAUUUUCGGGGAUUGAAAUAAUAGAGAAACCAAGAAGUUAAGUUUUGUGUU